CAGUUAUACCACGGGGGUUCUUUUUGAAAGAACUCUCUUUUCCGGCAAACAAAAACAGCGGCGGCUUCUUCUCUCUCGCGCGAUCUCAGUCUCAAUUUUAACAAAAAAUACAUGGCAGACGUGGCACCAGAAGGCUCUGCAUUUGAUGCUCGUAGAUAUGAUUCCAGAAUGAAUGACCUGCUCGCAGGUGAUGCACAGGAUUUCUUCACUUCAUACGAUGAGGUUCAUGAAAGUUUUGAUGAUAUGGGUCUUCAAGAGAAUCUUCUGAGAGGAAUUUAUGCUUAUGGGUUUGAAAAACCUUCUGCAAUCCAGCAAAGAGGAAUUGUUCCCUUCUGUAAGGGUCUUGAUGUUAUCCAACAAGCUCAGUCAGGCACAGGGAAAACUGCAACCUUCUGUUCUGGAAUCCUGCAGCAGCUCGACUAUAGUGUUGUUGAGUGCCAGGCCUUGGUCCUUGCUCCAACUCGUGAGCUGGCGCAACAAAUUGAAAAAGUCAUGCGAGCACUUGGUGAUUACCUUGGUGUAAAGGUUCAUGCUUGUGUGGGAGGAACAAGCGUCCGUGAAGAUCAGAAGAUUCUUACUAGUGGGGUCCAUGCCGUUGUUGGCACACCUGGUCGUGUCUUUGACAUGUUACGAAGGCAGUCCCUUCGCCCUGACUACAUUAAGAUGUUUGUUCUUGAUGAGGCUGAUGAAAUGCUUUCACGAGGUUUCAAGGAUCAGAUCUAUGACAUCUUCCAGCUGCUACCCUCAAGGGUUCAGGUUGGCGUAUUCUCUGCCACAAUGCCCCCUGAGGCCCUCGAGAUAACCCGCAAAUUCAUGAACAAGCCCGUGAGAAUCCUUGUCAAGAGAGACGAGCUCACAUUGGAAGGUAUCAAGCAAUUCUACGUCAACGUUGAAAAGGAAGAAUGGAAGCUCGAGACCCUCUGUGACCUGUACGAAACCCUAGCUAUCACUCAGAGCGUCAUCUUUGUGAACACCCGACGCAAGGUUGAUUGGCUAACCGACAAGAUGAGGAGCAGGGAUCACACUGUCUCAGCUACACACGGAGACAUGGACCAAAACACUCGAGACAUCAUCAUGCGCGAAUUCCGUUCUGGCUCUUCUCGUGUGCAAUAUACCCCCAGUGGUGUUCUAAAAGCGGUAUGCUUUUCGUCUUCUGGGUGCAUCUUGAUCCCGGAGAAUUAUCUCCAUCGUAUUGGACGAAGUGGACGAUUUGGGAGAAAAGGUGUUGCUAUCAACUUUGUGACCCGUGAAGACGAGAGGAUGCUCUUUGAUAUUCAGAAGUUUUACAACGUGGUUGUUGAGGAGCUUCCAUCUAAUGUUGCGGAUCUUCUGUGAUCGAGUCUAAGGAAGUAUUUCUGAUACAUGUUUGAGUUAUUCUAGGUUUUUUUUCUUGAAUUUAUGAGUUUCUUUUCUUGCACUCCUGCGGCUUAGUGCAUGGUGUAUGGUGCCUUGAUAACCUUACAUGUAGGGUUGUUUUGGGUUUUGGGUCUUGGUUAGGUCUGAUAUGUGUUACCUUAUUUCUUUUCAGGUUAUUUAUGGACUAGUGUAGAACUGUACGCCACAAAUUCAUGAGCAAUUUACUUUUUUUUGUCGGAUUCCCUCUUUUAGAAGCGUUUGGCUGAUUAUGGUAUUUUUUUAAUUUAUGAACA